UCUUCUCUCUGGUCGGCAGCCAUGGCUUUCUCACAGGUCCAGUGUCUGGACGACAGUCACGUCAACUGGCGAUCGAGCGAGUCCAAGCCCGAGUUCUUCUACAGCGAAGAACAGAGGUUGGCUUUGGAAGCCUUGGUCUCCAAGGGCCCCGAAGCCUUCUAUGAAGUCCUCAAGAAAGAGAAUAUCCGGGACUUCCUUUCUGAACUGGAGCUCGCAAAGAUCCUGGAUACGCUGGAGACGUAUGACCCCGGUUCGGAAUAUAUCCCCCGUGGAGACCAGAACGGAGACGUCCACAGCCAAAAUGGGGAGCAAGGCCCAUUGCCCUCUCUGGAGUAUUGGCCGGAGAAGUCCGACCGGUCCAUCCCUCAGCUGGACCUCGGGUGGCCAGAGAGCGUCGCGUACCGAGGUGUGACGCGGGCCGCUGUCUACAUGCAGCCCCCUAUCGACUAUCAGCCCCACAUCAAAGAGGUGGUCCGCAAGAUGAUCUUUCAAGCACAGAGGGUCGUGGCCGUGGUCAUGGACAUGUUCACCGACGUGGACAUCUUCAAGGACCUCAUCGACGCCGGGUUCAAGAGGAAAGUGGCCAUCUAUAUCAUCCUAGAGGAGAGCAACCUGAAAUACUUCCUCCAGAUGUGCGAAAGGGCCCAAAUGCACGCCGGCCACCUGAAGCAUCUUAGAGUCCGCACAAUGGGGGGGAACGAGUUCUUCACCCGCUCAGCUAUGAGGUUCAAGGGUGCCUUGGCUCAGAAAUUCAUGUUUGUGGAUGGCGACAAAACCAUGACUGGGUCUUACAGCUUCACCUGGUCUGCUGCAAGAACCGACAGGAAUGUCAUUUCGGUCCUCUCUGGUCAGGUGGUGGAGGCCUUUGACAAGCAGUUCCAAGAACUGUACCUUCUGUCUCGGGCAGUCAGCCUGAAGUCCAUCCCCAUGGAUGAGGAGCCGGAACCUGAGCCCGUGAUCCUGCCUUCCGUUAGUCCUGUGACCCCGGGCAAUGCUGCAGUGAAGAAACUCGUCCACCCCAAAUAUGCCCUGGUGAAGGCAAAAAGCGUUGAGCAGAUCACCAACAGCAAUCACACAAACAGUGACCAGAAUCACACUGACCAACAGAGGGCAGAAGCCAAAGGGAAGGUUAGCCUGGAAGAGCGGGCGUCCAGACAGCCAAGCGACUUUGUGGAGACAGCACCUCCUAUCCAUCCGGGGCUCCUGAACCUGGAGAAAGCCAAUAUGUUCGACUACCUGCCCACUUGGGUUGAGCCCGACCCUGAACCGGGAAGCGAGGUGUUGGGUUACAUUAACAUUAUUGACCCCAAGAUCAAAAUCAUUCAGCCCUCUCAAAUGAACCGCAUUAAAGUCUGUGAUAUCUCCCAAGCCAAAGCACAGCACAGACAGAUGCUCAAACAGAAAAUGCAGGACAGCGAAAAAAAUCAGAGCAACCAGGCUGCCCCUGCCUCCCCCUGCCGUCUCAAUACUGCUUCUUCCUCCGUCCAAAUUCCAGAGGCCCCUAACCCUACAGGACACAUUCAAAAAGCCCCUAGCCCUACAGGACACAUCCAACAGACCCCUAAUACUAAGGGACAAAUCCAGAAGGCCCUUAACCCUAUGGGACACAACCCGGAGGCCCCUAACCCUACGAGACACAACCAGGAGACCCCUAACACUACGGGACACAACCAGGAAACCCCUAAUGCUACGAGGCACAACCAGGAGAUUCCUAAAACUACGGGACACAACCAGGAGGCCCCUAACCCUACGAGACACAACCAGGAGACCCCUAACCCUACAAGACACAACCAGGAGACCCCUAAUGUUACGAGACACAACCAGGAGUCCCCUAACGCUAAAGGACACAACCAGGAGGCCCCAAAUGCCACGGAACAAAUCCAGGAGACCCCUAACCCUAGCCCAACUGAAAGGACUCCCAGCAAACCCAAAACUGGAGAUGCUUUUGCCACUUUGGCCUUUAGCGAGCACUUGAAGCAGCCCCCAUGGACAAAAGCUCAUGAGCCAACAGCGGACAAUGGCGUCACUCCCCCAGUCCCCAAACCGAGAACUGUUCACGUGACAGACUUUAUCUCCCUGAAAAGUGUACCUGUCAGGGAUGGAGCUGCCGUAGCAGAAGGCACCCAGCCGGAGCAGCUGGAAACAGACAGUGCCAGCCCAAAGUGCAAGGAAAGCCCCGCAAAGGCUGAAGACGGGGGGAGCCACUGCAGGCUGACGAGGCAAGAGGCUGUGUCUCAGAAAGCUGCCACCUGCCCCAUGAACGGGGUGCAAGGGGGCGAGGCAGAAGAGGACGAGGAAGAGGCCUACCUAACGUUCAGUGACCAGGGGAGUUUGUCGGGCAGUUCGACGGCCCACAGCCACCCACACUCCAACGCCUCCUCCAUCUCAGACGAGUACUUUGAGGUGAGAGACCGCUUUGGGCCCCUGCGCCGGACCAACUCUGAUCUCCUCCCCAAUGGAGGAGGAGGAGAGCUUAGCCCUCACGAGCACCCAGGCCUUCAGAGAAAGCUGAGCGAGCCACACGUGAGCCGGGGCACCUUUGUGAGCCCUCUAGGCAGCCCCCAGCCGGUGCUGCACGUGGGUUUGGAAGAGGCCAGCAGGCAGAGGAGGCGGAACAACAGCAUAGAAGAGAUUAGGUGCGUUUUGGGAAGGGGCCGUAGCCCACGUCCUUUACCCGAUGGCUACAAUACCUGUCCGAGCAAUGCUCCACAGGUAGGAUUAUCUGUUGUAACUUUCUAUGCAUAAUUCUUUUUUUGUACAUGCCAUGCAAACACACUGAAGUAGUUCAGUGAGACCAGCUACAAUAUUAGCAUUCCGUUUUAUUAACACAUCGGAAUAUUAAUAUGUAUAAGACACAGAGUGAUUUGGGCAACAAAGGUAGUUAUCACUUGAUAGCAGCGUCGUGGUUUAUCCCCGGGGGAACUAUCUCCACAUAUGCGUUGGGUAACAGGAAGGCUGGACUUGCACGU